GGAAGCGGAAGUGGCCCAACCAGGAAGUGGGCCGCCUCAACCAAUGGGAGCGCGUUGCGUCAGUUUAGCGCGAGAUUCGGUCUCUGCUCGGACGGUCUGUUCGCGGGAACCAGCAGCAGCAGCAGCGACUCGGCGGACAAAAAGAGGAGGGGGAUCCAGCGAAACUUCUCGGCGUUAUAAGCAAAGAUUUGUUCCAGAUCGUCUUCUGCUGGAGUCUAGCGAUGCUUUUCCGCUCAGUUGUUGACAGAAGAUUGGGCAGACGGAGGCAGAAUGCUCUCCCUGCAGACCCGUGGUCCAGGUAUCCUCUCAGCUCUCUGCUGGAAGGCUACAAGUGCGUCCGCCAUGACGAGCACAUCUCCUACGGGAACCUGGGUGACACUGUGCCCCCAUUUGGAUUGGCUUUCUCCUCUGCUGGAGGCCAACAGGACGUCCUGGCAGCAGCUAAUGAAGAAGGCAUCGUUAGGAUCUAUAACACAGAGAGCCGCAACAGCCCCCUCCUGAAGGAGUGGCUGGCUCACGAAAAUGCCGUCUUUGACAUCGCCUGGGUACCAGGGGAGCCUCAGCUGGUGACCGCCGCGGGCGACCAGAUGGCCAGGCUGUGGGAUGUGAAGACCGGGGAGGUGUUGGGAAGCUUCAAGGGCCACCUCUGCAGCCUCAAGUCUGUCGCGUUCACACCCCAGGAAAAAGCUGUUUUCUGCACCGGAGCCAGAGAUGGAAACAUUAUGGUCUGGGAUAUCAGGUGCAGCAAAAAAGAUGGCUUCUACAAACCGGUGAAACAGAUCUGUGGCGCGCACAACAAAGCCGAGACCAACCCCCCCUCUAAAACCAAGAAGAGACGGAGCAGCAUGCGCGGCAUGGCUCCCAGUGUGGAUACCCAGCAGAGUGUCACAGUGGUGUUGUUUCGGGAUCAGCACACCCUCAUCUCUUCGGGGGCCGUUGAUGGAGUAAUCAAGAUGUGGGAUCUGAGGAAGAACUACACCGCGAGCCGUCCUGAUCCCGUGCCCCUGCAGACGUACCCGUACCCGGGUUCCUGCAUGCGGACGCGGCUCGGUUAUUCUGGGCUCGUGCUGGACUCGUCGCGGUCUAACGUCAUGUGCAACUGCACGGACGACAGCAUCUACAUGUUCAACGUCUGCGGAAUAAAAACCUCCCCGGUGUCAGUUUUCAGUGGCCACCAGAACUCCUCGUUUUACGUCAAGUCCUCCAUCAGCCCGGACGACCAGUUCUUGGCCAGCGGCUCCAGUGACAACCACACCUACAUCUGGAAGAUAUCCGAUCCUCAGAGUCCUCCCAUGACGCUCCAAGGUCACAGCGAGGAAGUGACGUCUGUUGCGUGGUGUCCAACAGAUUUCACCAAGAUUGCUUCCUGUUCUGACGACCACACUGUGAGGAUCUGGCGGCUUCACAGAGAGGCCGACGGAGUCCAGUCGUCGGUGGGGGAGGCCAACUUGGUAGGCUGGGCACGUCCCGUGUCUCCCUCAAGACCUGCGGUCAGAGCGGAGACCACCCCUGCCAAGACCCAGAGGACGGAGAGCCUCGGCGGCCUGUCUUCUCCCCGGCUCGCCGCCUGCGCCCCUAGCGGCGCCGCCCUGCCCCUUCCUUCCAGCACCACAUCGCCCAUCCACGCCAAGGAGCCGGCUGUCCGCCAGAGAACGCCGUCCUCUAUCAAACAGUGGUUGUCCCCGGGUCACGGCUCUCCCGCUCCCGUCCGCCGGGUCCUGAGCCCCUGCCCCCAGAGCCCGGCGGCGACGGGCACCCCGCCCGCGGAGCGGCGGGCCAAGAGGAGGCUGGAGACGGGCGACGUUUCGUCCGCCGGCUGCGACGGCGCGGAGGGGUGCGACUGCGUCGCCGAACUCUACCCCGCGGGUAAGAGGAGCCGAGCCCUGCCUGAGAUCUGCCGCCCUGCUGCCCCGGAGAGCCCGCAUCGCGCCGAGGACGAUAAACAAGCGCCGUCAAGGCAGAGCGACAAGGAGAACCACUCCCCCAGAGCCACGAACUGGUUGUCAGCCAUGAGCCAAAAGAUGAGGAAAGGUCAAGGAGGCCCGAGUGCUCCCAGGAGCCCCAGCGGCUCAAAGAAGCAGGAAGGCAAGACGCCGGCUUCACCAACCAUCCGCUCACCACAAAGCAUGAAGAAAAUCUCCAUGUAUUUCACAAGAAGGCCUUUGGAGUGAGCGACACAAAUGCUCUGUUUGAGAUUUAUUGUUUGUUUUUUUUUGUUUUUUUAUUGAGGCUGUUUUUAAGUCGGACCCAAGACAGUAAGCCGAUAGAAACAUUGAUCAAUGACUCUGGGCCACACGCAGAAUGGCAACAGUCAUUAUGAAGAUGUAAUGGUGCGUUUUUGACAGUGGCUUCUUCUUUUUUUUUUUUUUCCAUACAUAUAUAUAUAUAAAUACAGUCACCUUCUACACUAUUGCAGAGAAAUUCAAUUGCACAUUCCAGAGUAAAUCUUUCAUUUUACUCAGUUGCGACACGUUUAAGAGUUGCUAUAUAUGCAAGAGUUCCUUAUUUAAGAGGAGGUUAACUAGGUAUUAAUCCUCCAGUGCAGAGAAAAAUAUUUGUUCACAGAUGUGGAUAUUUUAAAGUCUACUAAAAAAAAAACAACUAUCGAGGCAUUUUAUGAACUUCAUUAAAAUAUAUAAAGAAGUUUUCAUGUAUGUGGGUUUGAUGUUUUCUAUCAGUCUUACACAUACAGUUUUUUUUUCUUACUUACGUUGUUUAUAUGUACAAAAUAACUUGCUUGGUUUGUUUGUAUUUAACUGACAGAAAUUUGCUGUGGUCAAGAUUUUUAUUAAAUGUAAAAUACUUUUCAGUGUA